UUAAGGCAUUUGAAACUCUGUUAGUCAUGGCAGAAUGCUGUGGGAGUUUUAUAUAUCAACGAACAAUGAAAGAAGUUUGGCCAAAUUUGAUUAAAAUUUUAGAAAGGCAAUGCAAAAUCAGCAUGGGAAAAGAAGACAAUUCUCCAUAUAGAUUCACAAUUGGAUACAAAUUACAAAUGAAGCUGCUAACUGAACUAGGAAAUCUAUCAUUAAAGCUGAAUAUUUUUGAGAAGGACUUGAGACUUGUGUUUGCUGCAUUGCAACCAUAUCUUAGUUUUAAACAACCAAAAAGUUUGAGAGAGGCUACAAUAAACACUUUCAAACUGCUUACAAAAGUUAAUGCAGAUGCUGUUUGGUUGUUUCUCAACAAUUUAUGUAGUCCUCAACCAGAACUUUCACCUUUGCAUUCUUCAUUUUGUCCAAUACAUUUUGCAGAACCCAAGAAAGAAUAUAGUCAAUCUGUUUAUCAGUUGUUACAAGAAAUUUCAUGACAGAACUACAUCUACCUCCAAGAUGACAUUAACAGCU